AAAUGAUUUAGGAUAAAAUUUUUUUAAAAUUUGCCAUGUGUUUUUUUAACUUUUGUUUGCCAAGAAGAGGCACUCAGUCUCAGACAGUAUAUAGGCUAGUGCCUAGCAUUAAUAGUAGUGGGUAUGUGCCGCGGAGGGUACCCUCAUUUUUACACUCACAUUUCCGUUCCAAGGCAUAGCAUUUUUGUCUUCUUGAGAAAAAGAACAAAGAAAGCCGCUCCAAAGCGUAGCAUUUUCUUAGCGAGAAAAAAAGAAGGAAGAAAUCCGCUCCAAAGCUUCACAUAUUUUCUGUUAGGCCUACGCCGUUCCGGUCGCAAUUUUGGUGAAAAACUGCCUUUUUGCAAUAAGCCCGCUCCAAGGCCCCCGUUUUUUGUCUCGCCCGCGGCACACACCUACUUUUUGGCCAAAUGAUAUUGUAGCCCAUUUACAUAAGUUUGGGCUCAAAACCCUAAAGAAAAUGUGUUUCUUAUUGAGCAGCUUAAUUGUUGGCAAAAUACUCGUUACGUGUAGCACAAUGGCAUCCUGUUCCUGGCUCCAUUGAGAUUUUAAAAGCACAUCAGUGGUAUGAGCCUCCUAGCUAAACAUGCCAAGUUAAAAACUUGGUUUUCCUAAUCCUAUUUUGUUUGCAUUGCAAGUGCAGGGUGAAACUGAAUGGGCGACUGAUUGUACAGUGUUAUGGGGGGGGGGGGCUGAAACCUGAACUGAUCAUGUCAUUCGUUUGACAGGAAUAAUAACCGUCGUUUCUGGAAUGUCUGGGGAUUUAUUUGUUUACAAUUUCUGACAUUUUACUAUCAUCCCCAUUCACCAACGGUAGUAGUACAGUGCGAGAGCCUGAAUGUGUAAUAAUGUCGCCCAAAAUCUGGGCCUAUUUUGUUAAGAUUUUUUGAAAAGCCUAAAGUUAGAGUGAAGACUAUAGUGCCAUUUUCUGUUACUAAUUAAUGCAAAAAAAUUAAAUUACCAGGAAUCUAUAAGAUGUACUCCACUAUUUCGUUAUAAAUACACUGCCGAUUAUAAAACAUCGCAUUCAUCACAAGUUCAUGUAUAGCCACGGCCGCCGCAGCCAGGGCGUGGGUCUAUAUCAAGACCGAAGCAUUUGGGCCUAAAUGAAACUUUCACCCCUGAUAAAAGCCCAUGUACUCGCCACAGUUUAUGUCUCUAUGUAAUUGUAGCCUAGCUACAUAAAUGUAUGACACGUUAUAGAGGUCAUCAAUAUCACAAGUGGUGCAAGAUCAAUUAUAAGAAAGACAAUCUUAACCUCAAUGCUAAAAAGAAUCUCAAAGAAGUUAACACUUGAUUUGAUUGAAAUCUGGUGUAAUUUUUGUGUGUGUGUGUCCAAGUGAAUUGAAGAAUAUUGUCUUUCUUUGGCAGGUCCACUCUCUGAACAUAAUACACCAUGGGGGCUUACAAGUAUAUGCAAGAAGUAUGGCGCAAGAAACAGAGUGAUGUGAUGAGGUUUCUCAUCCGUGUAAGGACAUGGCAAUUUCGUCAGCUCUCUUCUAUUCACAGAGCUACCAAACCAAUGAGACCUGACAAGGCUCGUAGUAUGGGGUACAGAGCUAAACAAGGUUACGUGAUCUAUCGCAUCCGUCUUCGUCGCGGAGGACGAAAGAGGCCUGUGCCAAAGGGCGCCACCUAUGGCAAGCCAACCAACCAGGGAGUGAACCAGCUCAAAUACCAGAAGUCUCUGCAGUCUACUGCUGAGGAACGUGUUGGUCGUAGAUGUGGUGCUCUAAGAGUUCUCAAUAGCUACUGGAUCUGUGAAGACUCUACCUACAAGUACUUUGAGGUGAUUCUUGUUGAUCCAAUGCACAAAGCUAUCAGACGUAAUCCAGACACACAAUGGAUUACAAAGUCUGUUCACAAGCAUCGUGAAUGCCGUGGACUUACAUCUGCAAGCAAGAAGAGUCGUGGUCUUGGCAAAGGUCAUCUCUACAAGCAAACAUCUGGUGGAUCCAGGAAGGCUUCCUGGAAACGAAGAAACCUUCUCCGUCUCAGAAGAUAUCGUUAGACACCUCAUCAAUCUUCAAACUCAUUUCAAAAGUUAUCUGAACUUUGUCUGCACGUCUCUCAAUCACACCCUGGAUAGCGAUUUAUUAUUAGAUCAAGACAUCAAUGUAUCAUGCAGAUCAAGUUGUUUCCUCACUCACUUCUGUCAAUCGGAAUUGGAAUGACUCGGUUCACGAGAACCCAUGGUAUAAACAGAGGACUUACCAAAACUGACAAUGAUAGAACUCUUGGUUUUGAUAAGUUCAUACUGGUAUAAGUACAGCCCCAAUAAAAUACAGGAAUCAUGGUA